GAGGCUUUUAUUUUGAAUUUAACUCUAACGACUGGGUGUUACUUACUAUGAUGAGCUUUACAGUAGUAAUAGCUCCACUCGGUUGUCUUUGGAGAGCAGGACGCGCACUGACGGGAUCAUCAUGGCACCGCUGGGACUAAAAGCCAUCGUUGGAGAAAAGGUAAUGAACAACGUCAUCAAGAAGGCAAGAGAAAAAGGAAAAUGGAAGGUUUUGGUGGUGGACAAGCUGAGCAUGAGGAUGGUGUCCUCCUGCUGUAAGAUGACGGACAUCAUGUCUGAGGGAAUCACUAGUAAGUACUACCAACCCAGCCACGCCCAGCUGACCUGUAGCUGUGUAUCUGUCGAGGGUGUGAUUGAGGACUUCAGAGACCCUCGGACUCCGAGGUACAAAGCCGCCCACGUCUUCUUCACUGACACGAUCCCCGACUCUUUGUUUGGACUCUUGACCAAAUCUCGCGCUUCUAAAGCGAUGAAGGCCUUGACUGAGAUCCACAUAGCCUUCCUGCCCUAUGAGUCUCAGGUCUUCUCCCUGGAUAAAGUGGAUGCUUUCCAGGACUUCUACAGCCCCUUCAAGGCUGACGUGAAGAACAACAUGUUGGAGCGUUGUGCUGAACAGAUCGCCACCCUCUGUGCCACGCUGAAAGAGUAUCCAGGAGUUCGAUACAGAGGGGACUACAAAGACUGUGCCGUUCUGGCUCAGAUGCUUCAGGAGAAGUUGGAUGGCUACAAAGCUGACGACCCCACCUUGGGAGAGGGUCCCGACAAGUCUCGUACUCAGCUGCUCAUUCUGGACCGAGGCUUCGACCCCGUGUCACCUCUCCUGCAUGAGCUCACACUGCAAGCCAUGGCCUACGACUUGCUGGGUACCACCAUGAAGGAACUCUCGCAGAUGCUGAAGAAAAUGCCUCAGUAUCAGAAAGAGCUCAGCAAGUAUUCAACCCACCUCCACCUGGCUGAGGACUGUAUGAACCGCUACCAGGGCACCGUGGAUAAACUUUGCCGUGUGGAACAGGAUCUCGCGAUGGGAACAGAUGCAGAAGGUGAGAAGAUCAAGGAUCCCAUGAGGCUCAUUGUCCCCAUUCUGCUGGAUGCCAAUGUCAGUGUGUCCGACAAGAUCCGCAUCAUCCUGCUCUACAUCUUCCUUAAGAAUGGUGUGACUGAGGAGAACCUGUGUAAGCUCCUUCAGCAUGCUAACAUCCCACCAGAGGACAGUGACAUCAUUUCCAACAUGGCCCACAUGGGUGUUCCCAUUAUCUCUGAGGGCACCACCAAGAAACCCAAGAAACCUGAUCGCAAGGAGCGGAUCAGUGAGCAAACCUACCAGCUCUCCAGGUGGACCCCUUGUGUCAAGGAUCUCAUGGAGGAUGCAAUUGAAGACAAACUUGAUCCCAAGCAAUACCCGUAUAUUUCCCAGCGACAGGCAUCUGCCAAAGCCAGCGCUCCAUCAAGUGCUCGCUAUGGUAACUGGCACAAGAACAGGGGCCCCACAGAGGUGAAGACAGGGCCCCGGAUAAUCGUCUUCAUCAUCGGAGGCAUGACAUACAGUGAGAUGCGCUGCGUGUAUGAGGUCACCCAGGCCAAUGGCAAGUGGGAGGCUUUGAUUGGUGCCACCCACAUCCUCACCCCGACAAAAUAUUUAAAGGAACUACAGCACCCAGACUUCUUGGACCCCAAUGCCUCACCAGAGGGCGCCGAGGAGCCUCCUGUACAAUAAAAGAACAUCUGGAAGGUCAGCUGAAACCUUUACCCUUCUCACCUUGUAAAAACCCUCAAAGACCUGGAGAAAGAAGAACAGAGCACUGCCUGUAGUGCUCCAUAAACUCCUACUCUAGACCCCCACCCACUCACAUGUCAGAGCCAAACUUUGUGUUGUAUACAAAUCAGUUGUUAAAACUCCAAACAUGGAAACUGCUCAUCACGACUUGCUGGGAAAGCUGGAGUCUUUGUUGUUGUUAACUCUGUAUUGUGGGAUUAUAUUUAUUCAUCUAAACAAUAACAGCUGUAUGAGAUUCAGCAUUAUUUUUUAUUUGCUUCAAAGUCUAAUGGAGCAAAAUCUGGCUCUUCUCAUCUAAAGUAGUGCUUUUCAUGUAGUGGUUACCAUGGUAAACUGUGAAAAUCAUUAGCUUCAUAAUAAUGUCUGACCUGGAAGCCGCCAACAUAAAUGUAGCUGUAGCUCCAUCAUUUACUAGAUGAGUAGAUGUGAUAGUGAUUGUUGUACACUGAGUAUCAUUUUUCCUUUUAUUUGACCAUAAUACUUGGUUUUUAUUUCAUAGUGGUUCUGUAUGACUAAUUAUCAACUGUUGUUUGAAAAGAGAUCGCAGUGUUACCACACAUUUGUACUUUUUUGUCCUCAUCAAUAAACAGUACUUGCUACAGGUUGUGUGUUCAACUAAUAAA